AUGCCUGGCCGCCGCCAUCACCCGCGCCUCCUCCCUGCGACCAUCUCUUCGUCAACGUCUACAGCGCCUCGUCGGCCAAACCAUCGCGAAGAGAUGUUCCCCUUUCGCUUUGAGACAGGCAUCGCCCUCUUCGCGAAACGAGCGCCGCGACCCUUUCCCCCGCCUUUUAUGUCUAUGCCGUCCGUGUCAUUUUCGGAUCCUCUCAGUACCUUCGACCGUAGUCGCGAUCGACGGAGGCAGUGGGUGAACGGGGAGCUGAUUCGCGGCCAUACCAACGGCGAUGAUGCCGUUUAUGCUAGCGAUUAUUUUAUAUGCGCGAAUGAUGGGGUCGGUGCCUGGUCGACGAGACCUCGAGGUCAUGCCGGACUGUGGUCUCGAUUAAUAUUACAUUUCUGGGUCGCCUCUAUGGAAGACGACAUACUCCGAGCUCACCAGUCGAACGAAGAAUACCACCCAGACCCCGUGGCCUACCUCGACCGAGCAUACGAACAGACUCUCGAAGCGACAUCGGCGCCGAACGAUUGCCAAGGUACGACGACAGCCUGCGGCGCCCAAUUAUACUACAAGAAGUCGGAAGAAACGGGCGAAAACGUACCAACAUUAUUCAUAACGAACCUAGGAGACAGCCAGGUACUGGUGAUGCGACCGGGCGAGAAGGAGAUCCUUUACAAAACAACCGAGCAGUGGCACUGGUUUGACUGUCCGUUCCAGCUCGGAACGAAUAGUCUCGAUACACCGCGGAAGAAUGCCGCGCUUACCAUGAUGGAGAUAGAAGUCGGAGACAUAGUAUUAGCCAUGUCUGAUGGCGUAAUCGAUAACCUCUGGGAACACGAGAUUGUACGGAUCGUGACCGAGAGCCUCGAGAAGUGGGAGACGAGCGACGAUCCUCGCACAAAGGCUAUGGGCAGGAUACAGUUUGCGGCGUCGGAGCUCAUGACUGCGGCCAAGACUAUUGCUGAGGAUCCGUUCGCGGAGAGUCCAUAUAUGGAACAUGCGAUCGAAGAAGGUUUAGCAAGCUCAGGAGGAAAGCUGGAUGAUAUCAGUGUUGUGGCUGCUCUCUGUGUUCCAAACGAGCCAGACCAGGACAGCGACAAGGGACACUAG